AACUGCGGCCCACAUCGCAGCCCUAAAACCUGUCUCCGGUUCCAGUGGGUCUGGAAAUAUUAGGCUGUGCGCCACCAUAGCCGUUACCUAAAGGUUUACUAACCAGAACUCUCGAGCUCAAAAGGAUUGGCCCGUUGGUUCUCUUGAACCGACGGGGAUCUGGUAAAAUCUCGAUAUGGUGGGUACGCCAUGUAGUCGUUCAACGAUGAAGUUGCAUCGCUGAGAACGCACAUAAGAAGGAUGUGCGCGACCACCUGGAAUUGGAAGGUUCAGAGAGUUGUCAUUUUUCCAAAACAUGGAGCCAGUACAACUUGGGAUUCAUAUAGUUCAGUCGGUCAUAGCGCUGAUAAUUCUAGGGUGCUCGAUCUACGGACUCACGGAAGCUUCGCGCACCACAGGCUUUGGGCUUGCUAUCUUCACGGCCAUUGCAACGAUUUUAGUUGCCAUCUACAUCCUUACCGCAUCUUUCAUCGCCAAGAGUAUCUACAAGCUCUGGCUGUUUAUCGGAGCGAACUGUGUCACAGCAAUCUUCUGGGUUGCAACGGCGGGCACACUAGCAUCACAACAGCACUACUAUCAGCACUGUCAAUAUGAUCACGGUCAUUGCUAUAGAAAGCGCAACGACAACGGUGGGCACGGCGUUCAAUCUGCCACGAUCGCUCUAAGUGUUAUUGACGGGAUCCUCUCAAUUGUCUCUAUCGCGUAUAGUAUAUGGGCAAAGAAAAAUCAUCGUACAAAGACUCCUGCAACUGAAUGAGCGGAAUAUAUCAGAUUCAUCAUCUAGUGUACCCGGACUAUAAAUUUGUACUUGAGAUUGAACUCGUUCAACGUGGGCUGCAACCGACGAUC